UGCCAGUCCCAGGCCCGCCUCAACCUGGGUUUCAUCCUUACCCCCCAAUGAUGCCCCAGCCUCCACUUGUGCCCUCGCGGUUCAGACCUUACCCCCCGGAGGUCUACGUAUAUUGUUAUCAACAAUAUUUACACGCAACUGGCCAAGUCCCCGGACCGCCAAACCCAGUCCUUCCCCCUCCCCCUCCUCCACACCAUUUGGGUGGGUAUCCCGCCGCCUUCCAGGGUAUGGGUGUACCGCCAGCGGCUGCGCCGCUUCAACAUCCUUCCGCACCCCCCUUGGCACAACCUUCCCACGACACAUAUCUGGAGCAACAAGCACCAGUAGCUGACGCUGAGGAAAGCGCUAUCAAACGCGGAAAGCGCAAGGCGGUGGACUUGGAUGACGAUGAUGCUCCCCCACGAAAGAAGCAAACGAUUCACCCCAUUGUUGACUAUGAUUUCGAACUGGUCCAAAACAACGGCGAGGUCCGUUACAGGUGCUGCCUGCCGCAGUGCGAAAAUGUGCCUGCAGUGCCACGCGCUGGCAUACAAGAUCAUAUCAAAUCGAAGAAGCACCAGCAAGUCAGGGCUCGGUCCCCAUCCCUAGAAUAUGUCGAAGCUUUCGAAGAAACUACCGAUUUGACUUCGAGCGAGUCGUUGGAACCGUCCGACAACAGUCUUGACGAGACUACGAAUUCGGGUUGGGACGAGGGGUUCAACGAUUUUUUCGACAUCGAGGCAGCUUGCGAACCAGUUUCUGGCGAGCAGAUUGAAGAGUCGGUCAACAAUCCUGAAGAAACCAUCGAUUCGGCUUUAGGCUCGCUUGCCGACGAUCUUUAUGCAAUUGUCGAUUCCGCUUCGGACGAGCAGUUGGACGAGUCUACCGUCAGCCUGGAAAAGAGUCUUGAAGAACCUGUCAAUUCAGCUUCGGACGAGCAGUUGGAAGAGCUUACCGACAGCCCGGAAAAGGGUCUUCACGAAAUGGACAAUUUGUCACCGGAAGAGUUGUUGUUGUUUAGAUAUUAUGCCAACCGUCUUGAUGAAGCUUACAACUUCAAUUAGGCUCCGGGUGAGUCGUUGGAUGAUAUGUGUUUUCUUUCUAUGUAUUUUGAAUCGUCGCAGCUUCACCCUUACUAUAUAUUAUGAUUAUGACAUACUGUACAUGAAUACAUACAAACUAUGAUGCAUGCUAACUACAAGCCGGUCUUGCUGAAC